CCCACUGAAGUUGUGUAGGUCUCUCCUCCACUUCUUCAGGCUGGCAAAGAAAGAUAGAUACAGACAAUAAAUUUAAAAUAAAGGCGUUUGCGUAUCUGUGCCAAAGCCAAGCGAGGACUUCUGGUGACAAAGGUGUACGAGGUCCCGAGGUCCUACCCCUCCCACCCGCGGACCACCUUCCCCAAGCUUCCUCUGCCCCAAAUUUGGGGGGCUGAGUUGGCCAGUGGCAGAAGGACGCUCCCCUUCCCCUCCUUCCCUCCCUCCACCCCAGCUUCCCCAGUCCCCUCCCACUCUCCCUCCCUCGCUGCUGCUGCUCCUGAAAGAAAUACAUACAUACACACUGUUUAAAAACGUAUUUUUAAAAGCCACGUUCGGAACUGACAAUCGCUGAUCUCGGCUUGCGCAGAGACUGCGGGAGCGUCGGGGCCGACAGAGACGGAUUACGUCAAGAAAUAGUUCCUCCACCUACCUCGGCCGGCCUCUCCGCCCCAGCGGGGCUCCCGCACCCAGCUCGGCCCCGGGGGUCCGGAAACCCUGGCUUCGGGGAGUGGCACUUGCACCCCAUCAAGAAAUCUUCCCGGGGGUGGGGGCGGAGGCCAUCUGCUUAGGGGUGGACACGAGCCAGGGGCUUCUCUGCUGACAUGCGAGUUGUCCUGAGGGAGUGGCCGGGUCCUUGGGUCCAGAGUUGCGAACCCCCAGGAAAACGCAGGUCGCGGGGAUCAGCAGAGAGAAGAGGGUGGGAGAAGGUUAAAAAAAAAAAAAAAAGCCAGGAAAAAAAGCCCCUGCGCAUUGAUCCGCGCCGUAUUUUUGGGUAAAUACGAUCACGUGGGGGCCGGGGAGCCAAUGAGCUGCGGGGAAAAGGCUGGAAAAAUAAUUACCUGCCUUGAUUGUUCUGUGAGCAGAUAAAAAGUACAUAUACAGUUCAUACAAUAAUCUUAUGUAUGUAAAACCCUGUUACGAUGUCGGCGACGGGGCCCAUCAGUAACUAUUACGUGGACUCGCUCAUCUCUCACGACAAUGAAGACCUCCUAGCGUCCAGGUUUCCGGCCACGGGGGCUCACCCCGCCGCCGCCAGACCCAGCGGUUUGGUGCCGGACUGUAGCGAUUUUCCGUCCUGUAGCUUCGCGCCCAAGCCGGCCGUGUUCAGCACGUCGUGGGCGCCCGUGCCCUCGCAGUCGUCCGUGGUCUACCACCCGUACGGCCCCCAGCCCCACCUCGGCGCCGACACGCGCUACAUGAGGACUUGGCUCGAGCCGCUGUCCGGCGCCGUCUCCUUCCCCAGCUUCCCGGCCGGGGGUCGUCACUACGCCCUCAAGCCGGACGCCUACCCCGGGCGCCGCGCCGACUGCGGCCCGGGCGACGGCCGCAGCUACCCGGACUACAUGUACGGCUCGCCCGGGGAACUGCGCGACCGCGCCCCGCAGACCCUGCCCUCGCCCGAGGCGGACGCCCUCGCCGGCAGCAAGCACAAAGAGGAGAAGGCCGACCUGGACCCCAGCAACCCCGUGGCCAACUGGAUUCACGCCCGCUCCACAAGGAAGAAGCGCUGCCCCUACACCAAGUAUCAGACGCUGGAACUGGAGAAGGAGUUUCUCUUCAAUAUGUAUUUAACCAGGGACCGUCGGUACGAGGUGGCCCGGGUUCUCAACCUCACCGAGCGGCAGGUCAAAAUCUGGUUUCAGAACCGGAGAAUGAAGAUGAAAAAGAUGAAUAAAGAAAAAACCGACAAGGAGCAAUCCUAAACCCUGCCGCAGCCUGCUGCCUCGGCACAGCCAAGGGAAAAACAAAAAACCCACAAAAAUACCCCGACGCAGGCGGGAGACAGCACGAAAAAGAAAAGGAAUGAGCAAGAUAGAGAAAAGCCAAUCGGCUUAAAAAGGAAAAAAAGGGAAAGGGAAAAGGAAAACUCUUGCGAGAUUUGGGAGGGUUCAGUGUUGAGAAAUUGGUGUUUUAGUUAGUUCUACCCAGCAAGGAGGAGGAGGCCGGGAGAGAAACCGCGUUCUCUUCUCCCAGCGCAAAUGAAAUAAAUGACACACACAAAUGUGAUUUUUUUCCUCCUUUCUUCAGAGAAGCCAGUACUUGAAUCACUAUAUUUCUAUUUUUUUUUCUCCUGUGUUGUAUUUGGUCCGGGCCAUCCUUCCCCAGGCCUGGGGUGCUCUGAGUGCAGAUUUUGUACAAAAAAAAAAAAAAAAGACACACACAUAUACACAAGAACGCUUCCCAGCCCAGGAGCUGAGGGGCGAGGGCCGGGGACCAUGCCGCAGGCUGGGUCCGGCGGCUCAGGCCAGCGCCUCUGGCGUGUACAUAGCAGUGUCAACUCAUCCCCAGAGUCCGUCCUGUAACGUGCUUCUGUUUGUUGUGGUAGAACAGCUCUGUGUUAAUAUAUCGAAGUCACUUAAAAAACCAGAAACCCAA